UGGACUUACAGUGUAGGCCUAGUAAAGGCAGGGGUGCUAUCUCUUGUACUGAUGAGACCCACAGAGAUGAGGAUGCGUGGCUGAGCCAGAGCAAUGAGCAAACAAGCGUGUACCUCCACUGUGCCUUGCCUCACCAGCAUCUCAGCAAGAGCUUUCUGAUCCCUGUACUCUACAAGGAAUAAGAAAAUGUCUGCCUAAAUACAAGGAAUUCAUGUAUUCAUGUUCUUGUAGAUGCUUGGAGUGUCCCUGGAAGAAUACACAAGAAGCUAUUCACAGUCUGGGUAAAGGAACAAGGUGGUUGAGGAAAUAGGUGGGAGGAAGCCUUACUUCUCACUGUUUACUUUUCUUCUUUUGAAUUUUUACCAUAUACAAAAGAUAAAAAUGAAAAAGGUUGACACACAGAGAAAGUCAGUAGGAGGCUAUUGCAGUAGUCAGGGCUCGAACUGACAGCAGCAGCACAGAGGGAGGGAAGUGGAUAGGUUUGAGCAAGACUGGAGGUGGGAGAUGGCCACCAUGUGCCCAGUGCUCUCCAGGUGCUAGUACCCUAGAGGGAGAAAAGGGAGAAAAGCUAAUAUGGGUGGCUCAUCAGAGGGGCACUUCAGUUGACAUGAGAGAACAGGGACUGGAUCCCAGUCCCACCCAACUCUGACACUGAGGCUGCCUAGGGAAUGCCCUACCCUUCAUACUGGCUCUGAGGAGGAUCAGGCCACCCCAAGACCAUGCUUGGGAUCUGUAUGGGAAAUGGACUACACUGUACUGGCUGAGCCCACCGGGGACCAACCUCACAUACCUAUUCCACCUUUAUAUCUCACCCUGGAGCCUUGGCCUUGGCUCUGUGCCUGGGCACUGGCUCUUGCAUUUUGGCGCUGAGUGUCCCUCCUGCCCAGGUGGCCAAGACUAAGCAGCAGAUAGAGGAGCAGCGUGUGCAGGUACAGGUGGUGGAGCGUGCCCAGCAGGUGGCAGUGCAGGAGCAGGAGAUCGCCCGCCGUGAGAAGGAGCUGGAGGCCAGAGUUGUGAAGCCUGCAGAAGCAGAGCGCUACAAGCUGGAGCGCUUGGCGGAGGCAGAAAAGUCCCAGCUGAUUAUGCAGGCAGAGGCAGAAGCUGAAUCCGUGCGGAUGCGUGGAGAAGCUCAGGCCUUUGCCAUAGCGGCCCGGGCCCGGGCUGAGGCUGAGCAGAUGGUCAAGAAGGCGGAGGCAUUCCAGCUGUACCAGGAGGCUGCUCAGUUGGACAUGCUGCUGGAGAAGCUGCCCCAGGUGGCAGAGGAGAUCAGUGGUCCCUUGACCUCGGCCAAUAAGAUCACACUGGUAUCCAGUGGAAGUGGGGCUGUGGGGGCAGCCAAAGUGACUGGAGAAGUACUGGACAUCCUGAGCUGCCUGCCAGAGAAUGUGGAGAGACUCACUGGCAUCAGCAUCUCCCAGGUGAACCACAAGCCUUUGCGAACAGCCUGAGCCCCCAACCUUCGCCGAUGCCUCGCUUCAUGGCUCGUUGAUGGAACAGCCCCCAGGUUGCACGCACUUCAGCUGGCCUCCCUGCACAUGUCCUUUUACAGUGGGGUUCCAUCCCUGUCUCAACAAAUACCUGUACCUUGCCUUGGAGGGAAUGGGUGGCUUCCCUUCCUAACCCCACACUGCCAACCCAGGGGUCCCAUCCAGCCUUGAUUCUUCUACCCUCCCCAGUUUAACUUCAUAAUCAGACUGUCUGAACUUGUUUCUUAGAACUCUUUCCUGACCAAGACUGAGAGAUGGCCUGGAGUUCCUCAGCUUUGUCAAAUAAAUUGCUAUUAAAUACUGCUUGCUUACAAGCAA